AUGGCGCCCCGCAGGAGGCGGCAGCAGGGCAAGCGGCCGGGGGGGUCGCUUGGCUGGGAGGAGCGGCUGAGGGUGCAGAGGGACGCCGAGACGGUGCAGAGCGUGGAGGCGCUGCUCGCGGCACCGGAGCUCGACGUGACACAGCUCAGGAAGAUUGCUGCUGCCCGAGGGCUGGCGAACAACAGGCUGCGAGCAAGGGUGUGGCCCCUGCUCCUGGGUAUAGACAUCGAUGCCUUCUCGUACGAUCAGUAUGACGAGCUGGCACGGAUGGACCACGCCGACACCCCCACGUUGAAAGCAGACAUCGCCCGCUCCUUGUGGAGCUUUACAGAUGGGUGGAGCGACGAGGCCCGGCAGGAAAAGAGGGAUGCCCUGAUGCGGCUUCUCAAUGCCGUAGUCAACUACAGUGCUGGUGACGUGCGCUACUACCAGGGCCUGCACGACAUCGCCUCUGUCCUGCUGCUGACAGUUGGGGAGCGCCUGGCCUUCCCGCUCCUACACCGGCUCUCCACCUCCCACUUGCGAGACUGCACCCGCCCCACCCUCGAGCCUGUUGCUGAGCUCCUGCAGCUGCAGGUGCCCAUCCUGGACAUGGCCGAUCGCCAACUGGCCCGACUGCUGGAGGGCAUGCAGCUGCCUUGCUACUUCGCCCUCAGCUGGUACAUCACCUGGUUCUCGCACGACGUGAGGAGCCUAGGGGAGCUUGCACGGCUGUUUGACUUGUUUCUGUCAGCCCACCCCAUGAUGCCGCUGUAUGUGGGGGCAGCCUGCAUGGCGGCUGCCAGGGAGGAGCUCAUAUGUGUGGAAGACGUGUCGCUCAUGCACCAGGCGCUGGUGAACCUGAGGGUGGGGAAGUACAUGACGACCGACGAGCUCAUAAGACGGGCGUUGGCGCUAUAUGCCAAAGCCCGUCCAAAACAGGUGCUGAGGCGACGGGGCCUCCGCCCGCAGUUCACCACUGCCCCCGACGCAUUCAAGAAGGGAGGUUGUUGGGAGGUGCCAGAAGCCCCUCUGCCGCGGCCGAACGGGAUACCCUUACGCACGCUCAACUGGGGCAAGUGGUGCCUCAAGGGCAUGGGGGGCCUGGUGCCAGGGGGUGUGAAGGUGUAUGCAGCUCUGUCCCUCUCGGGCCUCGUUGUUCUGUCAGCUUACUUUGUGACAAGGAUCAUGGAUCACCAGAUGAGCGAGCUCCAGGAACAGGCAUGGGAUGACAUGUUUGUAAGCAAUUAG